AUGCAAGUGACAGCCACAGCAGCAGACGUCGGUCGCCGCAAUCGUCCAUCUGCAGCUGCUGAGAUGGAGAUUGGAGCCGGACCUGCCCCUGGAAGUUCACCAGUGGCUCCAACAAAGACUCCAAAGAAGAUGAAGACUGCCAGUGCCAGUGCCAGUGCCAGCGCUAGGGACACUGGAGUCACUGGAGCCGAUGCAGGCGAGAGGAGUGGGCGGCGGCGGAGUGGGCGCAGUGAGGGAAAAAGGGCCCCGGCUGCCAGCGCCGGCGCUGCCGGCGCUGCCGCCAGGGCCAGUGCCAGUGCCGCCGCGGCCGCCGCUGCUGGCAGACAUGGUGCGCGUGAUGGUCAUGGCCAUGGCAGCAGCCGGGGAAAGAAGGUGCCACUGCGGAAGCUCGCUGCUGACUAUGCUGGCCGUACACUGCCAGGUUCUGCAUCCAUGGUGAACGAGCGCACCGCCUUCUUUGGCGAUUUCGUUAUCGGCUAUCGUGCAGAUCGGAACUGCUAUGUGGCCAAGUGCCCUGUGCACUCGCACAAGAGCGAUGGGAAGACACAUCAGCGCGCAUCCUAG